AUGAAUAUUCCACUAGAGGUUAGUACAACAGAGGAGGUGCCAGCAAUUCUCAACACUUUGAUAAAAACUUUAUUGGUCAACAACAGUCAGACUGAUUUAAUGCAAAAGGAUAUAUUUUUCCUGCUUAUCCUAGUUCUUAUGUUGGAGAAUGGUUUUAUGCCAAUGAAGAAUUCAUCUGAAUCUUUUGAUGUCAAACACAUUGAUGUAAACAUCAUUACACAUAAGCAGAGAGAAUGUGGUUUCUACAAAGAAACAUUUGUAUUAUCUGGAUUGUAUGAUAUUACAGUAGAUAUAAUAAUGAGUCCAAUAGGGUCUGCUGUUAUUUUAAAUGCUGUUAUCAAUGACGACAGCUCAGAAAUAUAUUCUAUUUGUCUACCUGUAAGUCGCUUUGUGGUCUCACCCAAAGCAUCAACAAUUCCAAUGAUGUUUAGAGAUUUGAACCACCUGUCUAACUCGUAUAAGAACCAAAUUGUUGCUCCAGUGAAGAGCAGAAUAUUAAGUUAUUGUGGAUAUCCUAGUGCAAGUUUAGUAGGCGUACCUGAAGAUAUAUUUAUUAACUUAAUGAUGUUUUUGAGUGUCAAUGAUAUAAUCAAUGUGUCUAAGACAUGUAGAAGGCUCAAAGCGAUUAUUGAAGAUAACAGCCUGUGGCAUAGUUUAUGUAAAAGAGAUUUUAAAAACAUUGUUCAAAGUGAUGAAACAGAUUGGAGAAAUUAUUACAAGGAAUCAUUUAUCGCUGAACAUGAACAGAAGUUUUCAAGAUUGGCUGGUGAAGGAGAAAAGAUAAAUUUGCAACAACUUGGCAAAGGAGGGCGCCACUUAUCAGUACCGUUUGAUUCAACGACUGCUAAUGGUGAAUUAACAAAGAAACAAAAUGGCUCAGCAGUUCGAACGAACAGCCUGGGUUCCGGUGCGCGCACACCACCUGCAGAGCGGACCAAGUCAAAAUUCUCGGCAUUCGGUAGACUAUUUAAACCAUGGAAAUGGAAACGGAAAAAGAAAUCGGAGAAAUUCGAAGCAGCUUCUAGAACUUUAGAAAGGAAAAUAUCCGUCCGCGCCAAUAGGGAAGAAUUAGUUCAAAAAGGAAUUCUACUGCCAGAAAGUCCUGUCACCCCCGUGCCCGAAGGCAAUGAGGAGGCCGAAUACACGGAAAAUAAUCGGGUCGCACCCGAGCAAACGGGUCCGACGUUAACGAGCAUGCAUGCAGCGUUACAAGCGCAGCUCGCAUCCCACGUUGCCCAGCAGCAGGCCGCACUCGCUGCAGCUGUUGCGGCGGCGGCUGCAGCACAUCAUCACCACCAGAACAACAAUUCCAUUGUCGUACACUGCGAGAAGCGUUUUCGGCGUUCUUUUGAUUGUCGUGAAGUAACGGAUGGUAGAGUUAGAAGUGGUUUUCGAGUGAGGGCGCGGUGUCGCGAGCGGUUCCGCGCGGCAGGCGCGUGCCGCCGCCUCGUCCGCCUGCCACGCGCCUGUCUAUGA